AGCAGGAGCGACGGAGACAAGGAUGGUGGUGACGGUGAAAGUCGAGUACUGUGGCAGAUGAGGAUACGGGCCCCGCUAUCAGGAGCUCGCCCGGGUCGUGAAGGAUGAGUUUCCUGAUGCGGAGGUGUCAGGCUUUGUGGGAAGAACAGGCAGCUUUGAGGUGGAAAUCAACGGGCAGCUGGUCUUCUCCAAGCUUGAGACCAGUGGCUUCCCGUAUGAUGAUGACGUCUUGAACACGGUCCAGGACGCCCACGAUGGGAAACCUUUGCAGAAGAUCACCAGAACACUCGUGUAGCUGUGCGCUGCCGAGGCCACCUCUGGGUCCCAGCCCUGCCUCAGCGGGCUGGGAUAAAACCUCGCUUCAUACAAACCCAACAGAGAUGCACGAUGGCCACUUGCUGCUUCUUUCGAUGCAGAUCACCACACUCUGCUCUGCCUUUUGGCUCCCCUCUCUGUUGUCAUGGUGGUGCUCCAGGCUGUUAAUGAUUACUGUAGCCUAAAAGGUUAAAGGUUGCAGUCUGAUGAAUCCAGUCCUGGAGCUCCCUCCUUAUAGGAGCUGAGACAGGGAGAAGAUGUUGCAGAAGCAUUGGAGGGAACUCACUUUUUAUUUUCCUACAGCCUCAUUAUUCUCUAACUGCCUUAUUAUAACAGUUUUCUUUCGAAGCACGGGCCGUGCACUGCGGUUGCAGAUCAUUUUUAAGCAUGAAUGCAGACUCUUUGUUUCUGCCUCUGCACUGCUCGGUGCUAAAUUAUCUUUUAAAAGUUUUUUUUUUCUGAGAUUUAGUACCCAUUUCAAACGCUGAUUACUGGAAAGCAGCGUCAUGUGAUUUGUGGUUUGUGAGUUCAGAAUUUGGCUUUUCUUUUUUAAAAGAUGUCAGACUGGAGAAGUUUUAAACAUAAAAAUUAUUUUUUUUGUUGCUGAUGUCUCAUCUCAAUGAGCUGUUCUGCUGUCAGGUUUCUUUUAAAUAAUAAACUCUUCUCUUAUUGAAAAUGGUCA